AUGGCACCAACCGUGGCUAUCGCGGGUGUGACUGGGAAGUUUUCCCAGUGCAUCAUCAAAGCACUGCAACCUCACCCUGAAGUCACUAUUCGAGGAUACUGCCGGAGUCCCCAAAAGCUACCCAAGAGUAUUAUCGAUUCUGAUAGAAUCGAUAUAAUUACAGGCGAGUUUGAUGACUACAACAGUAUCAGGAACUUUGUGCGAGGUUCAGAUGUAGUGAUCUGUUGCUACUUUGGGGGGCCAGAGGUCAUGACACAAGGGCAACAGCUUCUGAUUGAUGCAUGUGAGGAAGAAAAGGUUCCCAGGUACAUCGCCGGUGACUUUGCAGUGGACUUUACCAAGGUUCCUCCAGGAGCUUUGUUCCCAAAGGAGUCUGCCAUGAUUAUCAGAGAGUAUCUCAAGUCGAAGAAUGUGGCUGGAGUACAUAUCCUCACUGGUGGGCUCAUGGAAACAUUCUGGAGCGCAUUCUUCGGUAUCUGGAGACCUGAGACUCGUUCCCUCUCGGUUUGGGGAAAUGGUGACGAGAAAUGGGAAUUGACGACUUUUCCUACAGCUGCCGCCUACACUGCAGCAGUGGCUCUUGACAGAAACGCGGUUGGGUUUUUGCGAUUCUGUGGCGAUCGGAAGAGCUCCGAGGAAAUCAAGGAGACCUUCGAUCGAGUCUAUGGCUGUCAGAUGCGUAUUGACCGGCUUGGAUCCAUUGAGGAGCUUUAUGGGGCCGUAGAAGAGGCAUUCAACAGAGAUCCUAAUGACUUAGCGAGAUGGGUACCCGCAUGUUUCGCCUAUUGGUGCACCAACGGGAAGGCGUAUCUGGGAGACAAUCUUGACAACAACAGAUAUCCAGCUGUGGAAGUGGUAGAUCUGGAAUCUUUCCUAGUUGGUCACAAGAUGGAAGAACUUCAUAAGGCGGAUCAGUUGCUUGUUGCCUAA